AUGGAAAGUUGGCUAAAUGAAUGCCGAGCAGAUGGUGGUGGUGACGAACCAGAGGCAGUGGCAGAUGCACUCCACGAAGUUCUCAAUCUGUCAUGGCGCUCAGAAGCAACCAGAAUCUGUAUUCUGAUUUCUGAUGCACCACCGCACGGUCUCGAUCCGACUGUUGAUAGUUUCCCGAAUGGAUGUCCUGCUGGUUACGAUCCAUUAAGACUGGCACGCGACAUGGGAGAGCAUCGUAUCACGUUGUAUGCAGUCGGUGUUGAACCACCAAUAGUGCGGUAUCGUGAUUUUUUUAUGACCAUUGCCUAUAUUACGGGUGGACAGUACGUUCCAAUGGUUAAUGCGCAAUUAUUAGCUAAAGUCAUCAUUGGUGGAGUACGUGAAGAGAUAACCUUAGAGCGUCUGAUGCAAAAUGCUGAAGCAGAUAUUGUUCGUGAAGUACAACGAGCAGAAGAGGAAGGGCUAGAUGAUCGAGAGACAGCCACACGUAUUAAUCAUUAUUUUGCUUCCAGAAAGACACGUACCAAGCAUAGGCGCAAUAAAGCUGGUGCAACAUCAAAGACAGCCGAAGAAUGUUAUUCGAAAUGUGCUGACAUGUCCGAGGUGGCAUCUAAAUUUAAAACAGUAGAAAUAGAAGAAGAAGAGGAAACCAGAGAAGAUAUGAACUAUGAACUUGAUGAGGACGAUAUGAGUUUGGAACAAGCAAAACGCAUUGUUCAAAAAGCAAAAAGUCGAAAAUAG